AUGGAGAGCGGCGGGGCGCUGAACGGCUCCGCCGCCGCCGGGCGCUUCGCCGCCGCCGGGGCGGCCGCGCUGGGCGCGCUGAUGGCCCUGCUGAUCGCCGUCACCGUGGCCGGCAACGCGCUGGUGAUGCUGGCCUUCGUGGCGGACUCCAGCCUGCGCACCCAGAACAACUUCUUCCUCCUCAACCUGGCCAUCUCGGAUUUUCUAGUAGGUGCCUUCUGCAUCCCCCUGUACGUGCCCUAUGUGCUGACGGGGAGAUGGAUCUUCGGGAGAAGCCUCUGCAAACUCUGGCUGGUAGUUGAUUACCUGCUCUGCACCUCUUCGGUCUUCAACAUCGUGCUGAUUAGCUAUGACAGGUUCCUCUCGGUGACAAGAGCGGUUGCCUACAGAGCCCAGCAAGGCAACAUCAAGCGAGCGGUGCUGAAGAUGGUGAUGGUGUGGGUGUUAGCAUUCCUGCUUUAUGGACCUGCCAUUAUCAGCUGGGAGUAUAUAUCGGGUCAGAGUAUCAUACCCACUGGGGAAUGCUAUGCUGAAUUUUUCUACAACUGGUAUUUUCUCAUGACAGCCUCUACACUGGAGUUCUUCACCCCUUUCAUCAGUGUAAUGUUUUUCAACCUGAGCAUUUACCUGAACAUACAGAAGCGUACCAAAAUACGCCUGGAUAUUUUCCAUGAAGUGCACAACCAGUCCUUCACUGAAGAGAUGGAAAUGAGCCCAGAAGCAAAGCUUCCUUUGAAAUGCUGUAAGUGGGAGCAGAAGGAGCCAGCUGAAACCCUCGACCUCUCUAAAAGCAAAGCUCAAACAGCAGCCUCCACUGCCAGCCUGGGUUCCAGAGACCUGCUGUCAACAUGCUCUGAGAACUCCGGGAAACCCAAGUGUUGCAACAAAAAGACCUGUAAAAAUUCAGCAUCCACUCUGUCCUUAGAGAAACAGAUGAAGAUAGUGUCCCAGAACAUGACUCAACGCUUCAGGCUCUCUAGAGAUAAGAAGGUGGCUAAAUCUCUGGCAAUCAUCGUGGGCAUUUUUGGGAUUUGCUGGGCACCGUACACUCUCCUGAUGAUCAUCCGUGCUGGCUGCCAUGGCCACUGCAUCUCUGACUACUGGUACGAGACUUCCUUUUGGCUGCUAUGGAUCAACUCAGCUGUCAACCCUGUCCUAUACCCUCUCUGCCACUACAGCUUCAGAAGAGCUUUUAUUAAACUCCUCUGUCCCAAGAAGCUAAAGAUUCAACCUCACGAUCCCCUCCAGAACUGCUGCAAGUGAAUUGUGCAGAUGAGAAGAGCCUCUUUUUAAUACACCUGUGUUGCAGAAAAGGACUGUAGCUUGCUGGGAGUACUGGUCUGGGGCAUGUGAGGAAGACAGCAGUGAGACCACUAUUAAUUUCUUCUAGUCCAUCAACAACAAAAUCACACAGAACAGAAGGGUAAGGGGUUUUUGCCAUUAACCACAGGUAGUGAAAUCUGUGUCCUCCAAUUGCUGGUGCCACAAAAGAGCUUUGCUGCCACCUAGUCAGCCAGAGCAGCACCAGCAUUUUCCUAAAAUAAAGAAAAAACCUGAAAAAUAAAAGCUAGCAAAAAAUAAAUACCUAACUUAAAACUACUCGUCUGAACUACAGUUUACCUGUUUGUAGACCUGAUUUUUCCCAUCAAUGGGAGCGUUUUUUCUUUACACUUAUUACACAUAUGCGAUGAUACAGAAAGAAAAGAACGAAUCUCCAAAGGAAAGCACCUCAUUUAUCGUUAUAGCUACAGCCGUAGCCCAGAUCCCAGUUGCAUGUGGCACAAUAGAUGUCCCUUCCCCUCCCCAGGAAGGGACCAAUCCCUGCCCUAAGGAGCUUACAGCCGGACUCAGCGGCGCCGAGCAUCCUGAAGCACCCCCUUGGCAUUCCCUGCUCCCUGCUUCAAAACUGAUCCGCGUUCCUUUGCGUCCAGCCACACACCGACCAGUGCUCCCACCGCACUCGGGAGCGCUUCCCUCCCACCCGAAGCUGGGGAGCAGAGCAAGCCCUGGCCCUGGUCCCUGGCCGACCCGCAGAAGAGGGCUGCUCUGCCCACGUGGAAGGUGCCAGCAGGGUAUCAGCUUCUCCACAGUCUCCCUCAUGAUGGCCCAAAGACAUUUAAAAAUCUCUUUUGCAGGGUCUUAAAAAUACUCUUUUGGUUAGAGAACGGCAAGCACCGAGAGAAGUGAAUCUUGUGUUCCUUUUUUUUAAGUUAGUUUCAAACCUCUUAAUUUUAGCAAGUUCCAGAACUCUCGCAUGCUUCCUUUUAAAACACAUAAUUUGAAUGGAGACCUGGCUUGAGCCGAUACAGUCAACAUAAGCAUCCAUUUUCUUUAUUUUUAAAUUUUUUUAAAGCAGUCAACUGAUACCACAGAUGGAACAGAAGAUUCAAGAGACCAGGGCUCUAGCCUCAGUCUUAAUGUAAAAUCUUGGGCAUUUUAUCUCUGCUUCCCAUCUCGUGCUUCAUCAUAUUUGUCCAUUUAUUCUGUAACCUCUUUGGGAACAAAUGUAGUAUGACCAUAAAGCAAACGACUUCAACUGCCCAUCUCUGUUGGCACUGCUCAGUGAUACAGAAAUACAAAUAUGUAAUUAAUUGCCAUGGCAAAUGCUCAUAUUUAACGGUAUUGUACAGGGAAGCUCAAGAUCUGAAAACUACAUUUACAAAUAGAAACCUAACUGCUGUAAAUUAGUACCCAAAAGCUUACAAUGUUGUGAUUAACAAUUACACUUCGCUGCUGUAAGCAAACUGCUUUUUGGCUGCUGCUAGGAAUAAAAGAAAAUGCUAUCCAACUUUAUUCCAGUGAUAGUUGUUGAGUAGAUCAGUACUGUUAUCUGAAGUCAGGUUUUAAAUGAUGUCUUGUUUUGUGUAUAUGAGAUUUCAAUCUUGUGACAUGUUCAGUCAGACCGUUAUAUAUGGCUUAAAAUAUAUCCUUUGAAAUAAGUGUACUAAGAAUUGACAGUAUGUACUGUUGGGCCUGCUUGUACCUCUCCUUGUGUCUGCUACCUUCUGACAACCCCAAUAAAGUAUUUUUAUACAAAGCUUGCCAAAUA